CCGAGCGCGCCGGCUUCGAGGAAUCCGGGCUCUCCAGGCAGUGCUACAGCUUCGAAAGCGACCUCGCCUUUUCCUGCGUCUCAGGGCCCUCUUCUCAGCGGACCGGCCGCUUCUUAAAGGAGCCGCGCCCCCUUUCGGGCCAGUUCUCCGCAGGCCACGCCCCCUCGCUGGCCACUCUUAAAGGAGCCGCGUCCUCGUCUCUCUGA